UCCAAAAUGGCGACUGAACAGAACAGGUUUGAAGUCGAUCCUUUAUCUCGUAUUCCAUAUAAUAUUGAGUUUGUUUUUUGCCAAAUGCGUCAGACUUGUCCAAGAGAGUUCUACAGAGAGGUGUCAACUAUUUCACGCAAGGAUAUGUACAUGGAAUUAAGAUUUUGGACAGAGCAGGACGCAAUGUCAGAGUUACAGCGAAAUGUUGCCGAUGGAAGCAAAAAAAGUUUGACGAUUGAAAUCCAACAGGAUAAAAUAGUGGAAUCGUACUGCGCAUGUAAAGCAGGGCAACAGGUCGGAAAGGGGCGAUGACCAAACUUGAAUGAGGGACUCGUGCUGACCGGGCGUUCUAAGCCUCUAUAAAAGAAGCAGCCCGACGCCACUGCAUCAACUGAUAGGCUUCCAACGCAGCGCCGAGAGACUCCCUCGGAGACACUCAUUGCUUUCUUUGAACGCGAAGAGUCUCCGUUAAAACGCCGACAUGAGCACCGAUGCGGAGAUGGAGCAGUAUGGCGCUGCAGCCAUUUACCUCAGGAAGCCAGAAAAGGAGAGGAUUGAAGCCCAGGCGGCUCCCUUCGAUGCCAAAACUGCCUAUUUUGUGGUUGAUCCAGCUGAGAUGUACCUGAAGGGUAAACUCACAAAGAAGGAGGGUGGAAAAGCCACCGUUGAGAUUGAUGGUGGAAAGACUGUCACUGUAAAGGAGGAUGACAUUCACCCCAGAAAUCCUCCCAAAUUCGAUAAAAUUGAGGACAUGGCCAUGAUGACCCACCUCAACGAACCCUGCGUACUGUACAAUCUCAAAGAGCGCUACGCAUCAUGGAUGAUCUACACCUACUCAGGGCUGUUCUGUGUUGUUGUGAACCCAUACAAGUGGCUUCCAGUGUACGACGCCACGUGCGUCACAGCGUACAGAGGAAAGAAGAGGAUCGAGGCCCCGCCCCACAUCUUCUCCAUCUCUGAUAACGCCUAUCAGUUCAUGCUCACAGAUCGUGAGAAUCAGUCUGUCUUGAUCACUGGAGAAUCCGGUGCAGGAAAGACUGUCAACACCAAGCGUGUCAUCCAGUACUUUGCAACAAUUGCAGCUAUUGGAUCCAAGAAGGCUGAAACAGCAUCGGCAGGGAAGAUACAGGGCUCCCUUGAGGACCAAAUUGUGGCAGCCAACCCUCUACUGGAGGCCUACGGUAAUGCUAAAACUGUGAGGAAUGACAACUCAUCUCGUUUUGGGAAAUUCAUUCGGAUCCACUUUGGCUCAAGUGGAAAAUUGGCCUCAGCUGAUAUUGAAACAUAUCUCCUGGAGAAGUCACGUGUCACCUUCCAGUUGUCAGCUGAGAGGAGCUACCAUAUCUUCUAUCAGUUGAUGACUGGACACAAGCCUGAAUUGCUGGAGGCUCUUCUGAUCACCACCAACCCAUACGACUACCCAAUGAUCAGCCAGGGUGAAAUCACGGUCAAGAGCAUCAACGAUGUUGAGGAGUUCGUUGCAACAGAUACAGCUAUUGAUAUCUUGGGAUUCAAUGCCGAAGAGAAACUUGGCAUCUACAAGUUAACUGGUGCUGUGAUGCAUCAUGGGAACAUGAAAUUUAAGCAGAAGCAGCGUGAGGAGCAAGCUGAACCUGAUGGCACUGAGGUGGCUGACAAGAUUGCCUACCUUAUGGGUCUGAACUCAGCUGAUAUGCUAAAAGCAUUGUGUUACCCCAGAGUCAAAGUGGGCAACGAGAUGGUGACCAAAGGUCAGACCGUUCCACAGGUUAACAAUUCAGUCUCAGCACUCUGCAAGUCCGUCUAUGAGAAGAUGUUCUUGUGGAUGGUCGUCCGCAUCAAUGAAAUGUUGGACACAAAGCAGCCAAGGCAGUUCUUCAUUGGCGUAUUGGAUAUCGCCGGAUUUGAGAUCUUCGAUUUCAACAGCUUGGAGCAACUGUGCAUCAACUUCACCAAUGAGAAACUGCAACAGUUCUUCAACCAACACAUGUUUGUGCUGGAGCAAGAAGAAUACAAGAAAGAGGGCAUUGAAUGGGAAUUCAUUGACUUUGGUAUGGAUUUGGCUGCCUGUAUUGAGCUAAUUGAGAAGCCGCUGGGCAUCUUCUCCAUCCUUGAAGAGGAGUGUAUGUUCCCUAAGGCCUCUGACACAACCUUCAAGAACAAGCUGCAUGAUCAGCAUCUCGGCAAGACCAAGGCCUUUGAGAAGCCAAAGCCUGCAAAGGGCAAAGCUGAAGCUCACUUCUCACUCGUUCACUAUGCCGGUACUGUGGACUACAAUAUUGCUGGCUGGUUGGACAAGAACAAGGACCCACUGAAUGACUCAGUUGUCCAACUCUAUCAGAAGGCAGCAAACAAACUGCUGGCUAUGUUGUAUGCGUCCCAUGCUUCCGCUGAAGAUGCUGGCGCAAAAAAGGGUGGUGGAAAGAAGAAGGGUGGUUCCUUCCAGACUGUGUCUGCUCUUUUCAGAGAAAACUUGGCCAAGCUGAUGACCAACUUGAGAAGCACGCAUCCUCACUUUGUGCGUUGCCUGAUUCCCAAUGAAUCAAAGACCCCAGGUCUUAUGGAGAACUUCUUGGUCAUCCACCAGCUGAGGUGUAAUGGUGUGCUUGAGGGCAUCAGAAUCUGCAGAAAGGGCUUCCCUAGCAGAAUUCUCUAUGGCGAUUUCAAGCAGAGAUACAAAGUACUGAAUGCCAGCGUCAUCCCUGAUGGUCAGUUCAUUGACAACAAGAAGGCUGCAGAGAAACUUCUGGGCUCCAUUGACGUGGAUCACACUCAGUAUAGAUUUGGACACACAAAGGUGUUCUUCAAAGCUGGUCUGCUGGGUACCCUGGAGGAGAUGAGGGAUGAGAAACUGGCUGAGCUGGUGACCAUGACUCAGGCUCUCUGCAGAGGAUUUGUUAUGAGGAAAGAGUUUGUUAAGAUGAUGGAGAGGAGAGAAUCCAUCUUCAGCAUCCAGUAUAACCUCCGUUCCUUCAUGAAUGUGAAAAACUGGCCGUGGCUGAAGCUCUAUUUCAAAAUCAAGCCUCUCCUGAAGAGCGCUGAGACUGAGAAAGAGCUGCAACAGAUGAAGGAGAAUUAUGAUAAGAUGGAAUCAGACCUGGCAACUGCGUUGGCUAAAAAGAAGGAGCUGGAGGAGAAAAUGGUUUCCCUGCUACAGGAGAAGAAUGACCUGCAAUUGCAAAUAGCAGCGGAAGUUGAUAACCUCUCAGAUGCAGAGGAAAGGUGCGAGGGGCUCAUCAAAAGCAAGAUCCAUCUUGAGGCCAAACUCAAAGAGACGACCGAGAGACUGGAAGAUGAAGAAGAAAUCAACGCUGAGCUUACGGCUAAGAAGAGAAAGCUGGAGGACGAAUGCUCAGAGCUGAAGAAAGAUAUUGAUGACUUGGAACUCACCUUGGCCAAAGUGGAGAAGGAGAAACAUGCCACUGAAAAUAAGGUGAAAAACCUGACAGAGGAGAUGGCGUCACAAGACGAGUCCAUUGCCAAAUUGACAAAGGAGAAGAAAGCCCUCCAAGAGGCCCACCAGCAAACGCUGGACGAUCUUCAGGCAGAGGAAGACAAAGUCAACACUCUGACCAAAGCCAAGACAAAGCUGGAACAGCAAGUGGAUGAUCUGGAGGGCUCACUGGAGCAAGAGAAGAAGCUCCGCAUGGACCUUGAGCGAGCCAAGAGGAAGCUUGAGGGAGAUCUGAAACUGGCGCAGGAAUCCAUAAUGGAUCUGGAGAAUGACAAACAACAAUCAGAGGAAAAACUAAAGAAAAAAGACUUUGAGACCAGUCAGCUCCUCAGCAACAUUGAGGAUGAGCAGUCUCUUGGUGUUCAGCUCCAGAAAAAGAUAAAGGAACUCCAGGCUCGUAUUGAGGAGCUUGAAGAGGAGAUUGAGGCUGAGAGGGCCGCUCGGGCCAAGGUGGAGAAGCAGAGGGCUGACGUCUCCAGGGAACUGGAGGAAAUCAGCGAGAGGCUCGAGGAAGCCGGGGGAGCAACGGCCGCUCAGAUCGAGAUGAACAAGAAGCGCGAGGCCGAGUUCCAAAAGCUGCGUCGGGAUCUCGAAGAGUCCACCCUGCAGCACGAGGCGACGGCAGCCGCUCUGCGCAAGAAGCAGGCUGACAGCGUGGGAGAACUCGGCGAGCAGAUCGACAACCUCCAGCGUGUCAAGCAGAAACUGGAGAAGGAGAAGAGCGAGUAUAAGAUGGAGAUUGAUGAUCUCGCCAGCAACAUGGAGACUGUUGCUAAAUCUAAGAGCAACUUGGAAAAAAUGUGCAGAACACUUGAAGACCAAUUGGGAGAGCUCAAAACAAAAAAUGAUGAGAAUGUUCGUCAGCUGAAUGAUCUCGGCGCACAAAGGGCAAGACUUCAAACUGAAAACGGUGAGUUCUCACGUCAGAUUGAGGAGAAGGAAGCUCUUAUUUCUCAGUUGAUGAGGGGCAAGCAGGCGUUCACUCAGCAAAUGGAUGAGCUCAAGAGGCUGAAUGAUGAGGAAGUGAAGGCCAAGAAUGCCCUGGCCCAUGCUGUUCAGUCUGCCCGCCACGACUGUGAUCUGCUCAGAGAGCAGUUUGAAGAGGAGCAGGAGGCUAAAGUUGAGCUGCAGCGAGGAAUGUCCAAAGCCAACAGUGAGGUGGCACAGUGGCGGACCAAAUAUGAGACCGAUGCUAUCCAGCGCACUGAGGAGCUGGAGGAGGCCAAGAAAAAACUUGCCCAGCGUCUCCAGGAGGCUGAGGAGUCCAUCGAAGCUGUGAACGCCAAGUGCGCCUCUUUGGAGAAGACCAAGCAGAGGCUGCAGGGUGAGGUGGAGGACCUCAUGAUUGAUGUGGAGAGAGCUAACGGCCUGGCUGCCAACCUUGACAAGAAGCAGAGGAACUUUGAUAAAGUCCUGGCAGAAUGGAAGCAGAAGUUUGAGGAGGGCCAGGCUGAGCUGGAAGGAUCUCAGAGGGAGGCUCGCUCUCUCAGUACUGAACUCUUCAAAAUGAAGAACUCUUAUGAGGAGGCUCUGGAUCAGCUGGAGACCAUGAAGAGGGAGAACAAGAACCUGCAACAGGAGAUCUCCGACUUGACUGAACAGAUUGGCGAAACUGGAAAGUGCAUCCAUGAGCUGGAAAAGGCCAAGAAGACUGUUGAGACUGAGAAGUGUGAAAUGCAGACAGCACUGGAGGAGGCAGAGGGCACACUGGAGCAUGAGGAAGCUAAGAUUCUCCGUGUUCAGCUUGAGCUCAACCAGGUCAAGGGCGAGGUUGACCGGAGGCUGGCCGAGAAGGAUGAGGAGAUAGAGCAGAUCAAGAGGAACAGCCAGAGAAUGAUGGACUCGUUGCAAAGCACUCUGGAUGCUGAGGUCAGGAGCAGAAAUGAUGCCCUGAGAAUCAAGAAGAAGAUGGAGGGGGAUUUGAACGAGAUGGAGAUUCAGCUGAGCCAUGCCAAUAAGCAGGCUUCUGAGGCCCUGAAACAACUGCGGAAUCUCCAGGGACAAUUCAAGGAUGCUCAACUGCACCUUGACGAUGCCAUCAGAGGACAGGAAGACAUGAAGGAGCAGGUUGCCAUCGUGGAGCGCAGAAAUGGCCUAAUGCUGGCUGAAAUCGAAGAGCUGAGAGCCGCUCUCGAGCAGACCGAGAGAGGACGCAAAGUGGCCGAGCAGGAGCUGGUUGAUGCUAGUGAGCGCGUCGGACUGCUUCACUCUCAGAACACCAGUCUUCUGAACACCAAGAAGAAGCUAGAGGGAGACUUUCUCCAGGUUCAAGGUGAAGUUGACGAUGCUGUUCAAGAAGCACGUAAUGCUGAGGAGAAGGCCAAAAAGGCUAUCACUGAUGCUGCCAUGAUGGCUGAGGAGCUGAAGAAGGAACAGGACACCAGUGCUCACCUGGAAAGGAUGAAGAAGAACCUGGAGGUGACUGUCAAGGACCUGCAGCACCGGCUGGAUGAGGCCGAAAACCUCGCCAUGAAAGGCGGCAAGAAGCAGCUCCAGAAACUUGAAAUUAGGGUGCGUGAACUUGAAUCUGAAGUUGAUGCUGAGCAGAAACGUGGAGCUGAUGCUAUUAAAGGUGUCCGCAAAUAUGAGAGGAAGGUAAAGGAGCUGACCUACCAGACUGAGGAGGACAAGAAGAACAUGGUCAGGCUUCAGGAUCUGGUAGACAAACUUCAGCUCAAAGUCAAGGCUUUCAAGAGGCAAUCUGAGGAGGCUGAAGAGCAAGCCAACACUCACAUGUCCAGGCUCAGGAAGGUCCAGCAUGAGCUAGAAGAAGCUCAGGAACGUGCCGACAUCGCAGAAUCCCAGGUCAACAAGCUGAGGGCUAAGACCCGCGAUGUCGGAAAGGUGACAAACCGUGACAACGCUUGCUCAGUUUUUAAACCUCAGUUUAAUAUACGAUGA